GUCCUCGUUUGUACUCCGAGGCCAUGGCGACACGGCGGUCGUGAAGGAGGCGGUCAAAGAUGGCGGCCGGGCGGAAAGGCCGGGGAGUUCAACACCUUCCCCGGCCGCUCGCGGCUUUCCCCGCCGCUUUCGCCGCGCUGCUGUUGCUGAGCAACCACCGGGCCUUGGCUUUGGCGGCCCCUUCCUGCCACCAUCGGGUCCCCGGCACCAACGAGGUUAUCUACAAAGUUUAUCUUAAAGAAAACCAUGUUAUGAAGAGAAAUGCUGAUCAACAGCUAAGAAUUAAGACUGUGUAUGACAGAAGUGUUGAGGAUUUGCUGCCUGAAAAAAAACACCUUAUAAAGAAUAAGAUUUUUCCACAAGCUAUUUCUUAUUUAGAGAAGACAUUUCAAGUUCGCAAACCUGCUGGUACUGUCUUAUUAAGCAGACAGUGUGUAACAAAUCAAUAUUUAAGGAAGAAGGAUGACCCUCAUAGAUACUGCAGAGGAGCUUGUGCAGAGUAUACAAGGUGUGGACCUGUUAUAGUUCCCGAGGAACACCUUCAGCAAUGUAGAGUUUGCAGUGAAAAUGGAUGGCUUUGUGGACCUGUUGGUGAUGCAGACAAAGAAGGGGUUCAAGAUGCUGACUUUGUGUUAUACGUUAGUGCUCUGACGACAGAAAGGUGUGGCCAAGAAAAUAUCAUUGCCUAUGCAGCAUACUGUCAGCUUGAAGCAAAUAUGGACAGGCCAAUUGCAGGGUAUGCUAAUCUGUGUCCAAAUAUGAUUUCAACUCAAGCACAGGAAUUUGUCGGCAUGCUAUCUACAGUGAAACAUGAAAUCAUUCAUGCAUUGGGAUUCUCUGCCGGACUAUUUGCAUUCUAUCGUGAUGAUGAUGGAAAGCCUUUAACUGCCAGAUAUGCAAAUGGAUUGCCAGCAUUUAAUGAAAGUCUUGGAGUGUAUCAGUGGAGCCAAAGAGUUGUACGGAAUGCAGUCAGGUUGUGGGAUGUACGGGGCAAUAAUCUUCUGCGUCACAAUAUAUUUCUUCUGAUAACUCCUAAAGUAGUUGAGGAAGCCCGAAAACAUUUUGAUUGCCCAAUUCUAGAAGGCAUGGAACUUGAAAAUCAAGGUGGCAUGGGCACCGAACUUAAUCACUGGGAGAAGCGUUUAUUGGAGAAUGAAGCAAUGACAGGAUCACACACUCAGAAUAGAGUCUUCUCCCGGAUUACUUUGGCAUUAAUGGAAGAUACUGGCUGGUAUAGAGCCAAUUACAGCAUGGCAGAAAAACUAGACUGGGGACGAGAUAAAGGUUGUGACUUUGUGAUGAAAAGUUGUAAGUUUUGGAUUGACAACAGGCGGAGAAAGAAAGAACUGGUAGCUCCAUAUUGCGACACUCUGCGAAGUAAUCCGUUGCAACUAACCUGCAGACAGGACCACAGAGCAGUAGCUGUGUGCAAUUUACAAAAGUUCCCUCAACAGCUGCCUCAGGAAUAUCAGUACUUUGACAGUCUAUAUGGAGUACCAUCUGAAGAUUUGCCUUAUUAUGGUGGAUCAGUUGAAAUUGCUGAUUACUGUCCUUUCAGUCAGGAAUUUAGUUGGCACUUAAGUGGUGAAUUCCAGCGCAGUUCAGAUUGUAGAAUACUGGAGAAUCAACCAGAUCCUUUCAAAAACUAUGGUGCUGAAAAAUAUGGACCAAAUUCAGUCUGCCUCAUUCAGAAAUCAGCUUUCGUUAUGGAACAAUGCAGAAAGAAACUAAGUUAUCCUGACUGGGGUAGUGGAUGUUACCAGGUUUCUUGUUCUGCCCAUGGACUGACAGUUUGGGUCAAGGACAUGGCAUACUUGUGCAGUCGCUCAGGUCAGAUUCUCCCGGUUAAUAUCCAGAUGAAUGGAUGGGUGCAUAUUGGGAACCUAAUCUGCCCAGCAUGCCUAGACUUCUGUGACAUCUGUCCACCUGAGCAGGACCCUCCUCCUCCAAUGGCUAACUUGACUAAAAUUGCAUCUCUCGAUUUGUGUUCCUGUUCUCCCAGUCUGGUUGUAACCCUCUGGCUCUUGAUGGCAAACUUGCUUCCACUUUUGGCUGGAUUUCUUCUCUGUGCAUGGAGUUAAGCCAGGCUCCCAGUUUGCCCAUGCAGCAUCCAGAGUGUGCUCCAUUUAAGCACAAUGCGAAGGCAGCUAUCCGGAAGAACAGUUACAUCUCGAUCUGCCCUUGUGGCAAGUAGCCCAGCUGUUUGUAAGCUGGAGGGUGCUGGACAACCGCUUCUAGACUAAGAGAGGCAACGUUUACAACAUCAUCUCAAUAAGUGCCAGCAUAAAUUGACAGUUUUAUUUUCAUAUUGGUACAAAUUUGGGGGGACAGUUUUAUCAGUGGUAUUAUGCCAUCUGUUGCCACCUGUCUGGAGCACUUUGGUUAUGCACAAUUCUCUGUGAGUCUGAUAGCAGGAUUUUUUUUGGCAUCCUUAGAGAUAUACCUCAGUUUCCUUUAGUCAAAAGCCAUGAAAAUCAGUUGCCAUUGCUGCUAAUAACUUAGGCCUGAGAGCGCUUUAUGGAGCACAAAAAGAGUUAGCCUUUUGGUAUUAGUUCAAACUGCUUCCAAAGGUAUACUAUCGUUUGCAGACUCUGGUGAAUUAAGGUUUAUUUUUGCUAUGAAGUCUCUGCUGCUCAGAAUAUGAUGGAUUGUUUCAGUAGCAGCACAUCCUGCACUUUUGGUAUUUCCCAAUCAUGAAUAUAUUUGUAAUGUUUGUAAUUUCCCUUCUGUAUGGAAGAAUGUUAAGUUAAACUAGUCUGUCAUAAUUCUUAAUGUAUUAAGACUACCAUCCUAGCUAUGUUUACUAGGAUGUAAGUCUCACUGGACUCACUGAACCUCUUUCUGUGAAACACGUCUUAGAUUGGGCUAAGCAUUUUCUUUUCAUAAGGCAGGUUAAAAUAAUGAGUAGGCCUCAUUUUUCUGAAUGUUUGUCUUACUGCACUGCCAUUUCACUUUUACCUUCUGUUAACCUGCUGGUAGGACUUGAGCAUCUAGGUUUUUUAAAUACUCCUGCUUGAGUAAAUCAAAGAAUGGAGGAAUGUGUUGUAGCAAUUAUUUUGAUUUAAUGGAAACUGACUGUUUGGAAUGCUGGACUUGGGAGUGUUUCUAAAGAAACCUGAUUUCUAUCUAAAUCCUUUAGUUCAGUCCUCAGACAAGUUCAGUGGAAGCUGGCUAGACAGUGCAGUUGAUUUCUCAAUCAUCUAGCCAGCUUCAAUGGGGCCUCGUGAAUUCCUCCACUAAAUCAGAAGGAAAGUCUAAAAUAGUCCCUUGUUUGGAGAUUUAUUCCUAAAAUUAGUCCUAUUUUUAAUUAUUGCAACAUGACGAAAGUCAGUAUCCUCCUUCCCAUUCAAAACAUGAGAAAGCUGACUGAACAAUGUGCAAGGGAAGUUGUUUGGCUACAUAGGCAUAUUAUGUACCUGUAGUUUAUACACACACUAUUACACCCUACAUUAGCCUUAAAUGAGGGGGAAUGAAAAGAGUGAAAAUAGCAAUAAAAUAUUAGUUUUAAGAAAUGUUUUAAAUAUGUACAAUUAAAUAUAAAUGGAAAUUGAUUUUUAAAUAUAUAAUUCAGUAUUACUUGUUCAUAGCUAAUAUGAAACAGUUCCCCAAGACUUAAGUAGUAAUUUUUUUUAUUUGUGCAAUAAUAGAAUUUAAAUGGCAUCUUGCAAAGAUGUUUAUCUAUACUUGAACAUUUUUCCUUGAAGUAAAUCAAUUGCACUAUAUCAACUUUUUGGCUAACUUUCUGUCUAAACCUUUAUACAAGUGUUAAUACAGGGGUUUUUUUUGUUUUUGUUGUAAAAGUAGAACUAGAUCCUAUUUGACUGAGAGAUUAUUUCUUUUCUGGUAGAAUUGGCCAUCUGAGAAUUUAGUGAAGUGGAAAAGUGUCUGACAAGUACUUAUAGUUUGUAGUCUGGUGAGCAUGGCAUCUAAUGUAUAGGUUUGUUAAUUGCAUCAGCAUAUCUCGUGAUGUUUAAAUGCUUUUAUCUUAAUCUGAGAUUAUAAUUACAUCCGGGAAAGUGCUUGCAGCUAAUAGUCUAGUCCCAUACUAUACAAUUAGAACCAACAUCUUGUGUUUAAAGAAAUUCUUGAAAGCUUUUAUUAAAAUUGCCCACUAUCUAGCAUUAGUAAAUAAAGUUAUAAGGAUCUCUUUGCCAUUGCAGAAGGAUGUUUAUAUUGAAAGCAAGACCAUCAGUGUUGUCACAAUCUAAACUAUCCUAGUUGGAUAGUUUUCUGAAUAGCUGUCAAAGAUUCUUGAAGAUUUUCAAACUUGAGAUAUCUUAGGAGCUAAUAUUGUGCAUAAGAGAGGCAUAAAAGAGUUUUUUUUAAGUUAGGGAAUUUUAAAAGGUAAUUUUACAGUCUGCAAUGGAAGAGAUACUCCCCAUAGUUUAACAACUUAGUUUAACAAUGCUGGUUUUAGAUACAUUCUGUUACUGAGGUUAUUUGAGAAUUCAAAAAUGUCUUGGGGCAAAGGUAGCACAGUAAGAAGCUAUAACCUCUUUCAGAAAUCUUUCAUUGACCUCUUAAAACAAAUAAAUUAUUGGAGGUGAUUGUUUUAUACCUAAACCUACAUACAGAAUUCUAACUAUUUGAUUUAAGAAUUCAUACUAAGAAAUUAAAGAAUACUAUUGCCACUAGGUUUUUUUUCUUUAAUGUGUAUAUUGAUUGUACAAGGUCUCCCCCUGCUGCCCAAAUGUGGCAGUUCACCAGCAGACCAGAUAUUUAGAUAAUUUUUUAAAAACCAUGAUAAGUUCUUUAUAGGGGAACCUUAAGUUAGAAACUGCCUGAAGGCACACAACAACAAACCUUCUCUUGGUGAGAUCACAAGACAUUAUUUGGCUUCCUUCUUUAACUUCAUACUCUAUUUUAUGCUGUUAUGAAGAAGGAAACAAUUAUAACAAAACCAACUCAUUUUUAGUAUGGAUCUGUUCAUUUUUAGCUUAAAUAUAUACAGCUGAGUGCGUGUGUAUAUAUACAUACAUACAUAUAUAUAUAUGAAAUGAAAUGAAAGAAAGGUUCAAACAAAAAAAAGAGGAACCCUGUUUAACAGGAAUACAUUAUAUAAUCAGGAUAAAAUAAAAAGAGAAUAGAAGCAAUAAACAGAAGACGUAUAUGAAAGAGUAAUAGAUUCCUUAAAGGAAAAACUCAGUUUUAUAAAGUGACAGCGAAUCUGCUCUUAAGUACAUAAGAUAAAUACAUCACCAGGAGUAGAUGGCAUAGUAACAGAACUAUGGAAACAGAAUCCAUAAAUAUUCUAACAAAAAAAUCUGCCAACAAAAACCAAAAACUCCAAUGGACCACAGAUGGGAAACAUCAAAAUAUACAUUCUGAUUCCCAAGAAAAGGGAUACCGAGGGCUGUCACAAUUAUGAAAGUGAAAUGAAGUGAUGUGCAGGAUUAUAGAGGAAACACAGUUAUCAUACAUGGAGGGAAAAUAUGCCAGAAGUCCAAGCUGGAUUCAGAAAAGGAAUAAGCACUACCAAUGGAUCCAAACUAUUGGGAGGAAAUACAUCUAAACACUAGGAAGUAAGAGAUGUUUGACAGUAAAAUAUGACAGAUUUUCCUGCUCUAAAACAGGCUAGAUAUCCAUCUUUCAUGGGUGCUUUGAGUAUGUAUAGCCACUUUGGGUCUCUCUUGAGAGAUAAAGUGGGGUGGUAAUAAUAAUAAUAAUAAUAAUAAUAAUAAUAAUAAUAAUAAUAAUAAUAAUAAUAACAUACCUGCAUGGCGGGGUGUUCGUUUCUUUCAACUCUAUAAUACUAAUAUAUUCCCAAAAAAUGGCUAAUGGAGUACUCCAAAGAAUUUCAGAAUUUUCAGCCUAUGCAUUAUAGAUUUUAGUAAACACUUGAAUUGUAUAGAACAUGAAAAAUUACAGAUUGCUCUAAAAGAAAUUAAUUUGCUAUCACAUUUGAGUGUUCUGAUAACUAACCGAUACUCUGAACAAAAGGACACUGUCAAGACAGAAUAUCGAGAAACAGAAUAAUUUCUAAUUGGCAAAGGGCUCCAGGACAGCUGCAUUUUGUCAUCCUAAUAUAAAUACACACACACAGAGCAUAUCAAAUAGAAAAUGGAAUUAAAUUCAAAGGAAGAACAUAUGAAAUUGUUGGAAGAGAAUUCUACAGCUACCAAGAAUCACUCAAAGACUUGAGAGUAAAUCGAGCUGGAAGCCAAAAUAACUAAACUGGUGCUAUCACAAAAUGUGUGACUCUGUGGAAAAAAAUUAUAAUACAUUAGGAAAAGGGCAUUAGGAAAAGGCAAUUGCAUUACAGGGUGAUUGAUUCAAUCAAGGAAGCCAUGAGUUUACAAGGACUGAACAGGGCUGUUCAUAAAGGUGUCAUAUAUAGAAGUCAUAAACUGAAGCCAAUGUAAUAAGAACAACUUGAGAAAGUCAGGGCAAGUUUCUAAGAUGUUCUAUAAAAGUUGGGCCUCGGUGUCACAAUGCAAAUGUGCUCAAAAUAAAAAUACAUGAUUGGCUUGUUCUUGAUUGGCUUGUGAUAGGCAAGGUUCUUUGUUCCUAAUCUUUCCUUAAACUUUAGGGGGGGAAAUUGGACCUAGACUUUACUGAACUUGAGUUUUACCUUAUCCUGUAAUUCAUGUGAAAUAACAUUAUCUGUCUGGGUAAUAGGAAAAAUGUCUUACUGUUCAUGCAUAUGUGGAAGAAAGUUACAUUUUGCUGUUUUACUUGAAAUUUGUUUAUUGAAUGAAUACUAACAGUUCCUUGAUUAUGUUCCUUGAUUAUCCAGUAUUGUUGACAUGUUGGUAAGAUUGUAGCUGGAUGGAUCAAGAACUUGUCUUUCAGUGGCGAGUCUGCAGUUGGAUUGACAUUCAUCACUCUUUGAGCCAGAGCCACAUUUGCAGAAGCUGGUGGAAGCCAUGGUCUGGUAUAUGUGCAGUCAGUCCAAUAAUAUACGUAACUUGUCAACUUUGGAAUUACUUGAUAAAAUGUUUUUAGGAAAAGUAAAAUGUAUUAUUUAGCAUAUCCUUUUACUGGCAAAUGUUAAUAUAGAAUUAUUUCCCAUUUUGCUGUGUAAGUGGAUUUGAGAGCUGGAUUGUGUAUAUAGUGAGUUUACAUCUCAAAUGGAAAUAUUUUUUAAGAAAUUGGAAGAGUCUUCUAGCAUCAACUUACUUGGAGCAUUGUAUCGAUUAAAAAUGGUUUGAAAUGUCUACAUCCUUUUCAUUAAACAAACCUGAAUACAAA